AUGUAUCGUCAGAUUUUGCUGCAUCCUGAUGAUCGUAACUUCCAACGUAUUUUUUGGCGAGCAGACAUCAACCAACCUAUUCAGGAAUUCGUUCUGAAUACUGUCAGCUAUGGAACUGCACCUGCUGCCUUUUUAGCAACAAGUACACUCAAUCAUCUUGCUGAUAUAGACUGUCAACCAGAUUCGCCAGUUUCCAUCACUAUCAAAAAUGGCUUUUACGUUGAUGAUCUUAUUUCAGGGUGUUCAUCUCUUGAAGAAGCUAUUCCUCUGGUUCAACAGCUGAUUGCUACACUGCAGGGAGGUGGUUUUGAGCUUAGAAAAUUUAUUGUCAAAAAUUUCAUCAUAUCACAAUUAGUUCGCAUUGCUGCUUACAUUCUUCGUUUCAUUCAUAAUUUGAAGCAUUGCCGUGAACCAGCAUCUCAGCAAUCUGUUGAACUGUCGGUUCAGGAAAUUCAAGCUGCUGAAUUGCGCAUCAUUCAAGACAUUCAAUCAGAUGUUUUUGCCGAUGAUUUGAAAUCUUUGCGUCAGGGUAAGGAGCUGCCCUCCAAUAGUUCUAUCAAGUCACUCUCUCCAUUUAUUCAUACUGACAAUCUUCUGAGAGUAGGUGGUCGUCUUCGGGAGGCAGAUAUUCCAUUCGACUAUAAACAUCAAAUCUUAUUGCCAGCUAAACAUAGGUUCACGCGUGCGCUCAUUGUCUCAUUUCAUAGACGUCUUCAACAUGCUGGCGUUCAGGUCACUAUGGCCAGUAUUCGACAACGGUUUUGGAUACCAUCCACCCGUCGCAUCAUCAAGAGUGUAUUAAAGGGUUGCAAAAUGUGUUUUCGUUGCUCUACGUUUCGUUCCGAGCAAAUCAUGGGGCAUCUUCCCGCAGUUCGUGUACAACCAGAUUUUCCAUUUUAUAAUUGUGGAGUUGACUACGCAGGUCCUCUUUCAAUUCGUCUUGGUGGCUCAAAGUCGCGCAAUUUCUCCAAGGCUUACCUUGCUUUGUUUAUUUGCAUGGUAACGCGUGCAGUUCACGUAGAGGUGGUCUCCGAGCUUUCAACAAAGGCCUUCAUUGCUGCACUCAUCAGGUUCUCUGCUCGUCGUGGCAUCCCUUUUGCCAUUCAUUCAGACAAUGCUACAACGUUUGUUGGCGCUCACAAUGAACUCAAUGAGUUACAUGCAUUUCUUUCAGAUUCUGCUAUUCAGUCUGAAAUUCACAACUUUGCCGCCGUUUUCAACAUUGGUUGGCAUUUCAUCCCUCCCAGGGCUCCUCAUUUUGGAGGUCUAUGGGAAAACGCUGACCCUCAAGAUUUAGCAUACUUGUCUCCUGGGCAUUUUCUGGUUGGUCGUCCGCUCACCGCACUGCCGUUCCACACACCAACCACCACUCACAUCGAUCACCGUUCACGCUGGCGUCAGUUAGCACUGAUCACUCAGGAACUCUGGGAUUGUUGGUCUGCUGAGUUUCUAGUCACACUUCAAAGGAAGAGCAAGUGGAGCUCUGAAUCUGAAAACCUGCAGAUUGGUGCUGUGGUUAUUCUCAAGGACACGGGUACGUCACCUUCGGUAUGGAAACUUGCGCGCAUCACGGCCGUUCAUCCAGGGAAGGACAACAAGGUACGGGUGGUCACCGUUCGCACCGCAUCAGGCACUUUCAAGCGGGCUAUUUCUAGCAUUGCACCGCUUCCACUCGACGAGGAAUUUUCUGAUUAA